AUUAAUCCUACUACAAAUGAUGAGAUUCAUUUUGUAUGUAGGAAUUAGAAUGAGGAGGACAGAGAAAUGACAGUGAUUGAGAGCUUAAAGUGAGGUCUGAUUUAGCAUGCACGUCGUAGCACGGACAAACAGUAACAUCGUGUAUUUAUGGUCCCGCCCCGCUUUCUGCGAUACUCUCUCUCUCGCUUCUAUUUGGAAAUUCUAUGAAAGUUAGACUCACUCUCAUGGUGUGUUCUCAAAGACUAUCCAAUGAGAUAAUAAGCAUUUAGAGUUCAAGAUUGAUAUGCCAUUUUCACAAAGCUUGGGUGGACAAUGGAUGAUGAAUUUAAAUUUAAGUGGGGUACCAAGAAGGGAAAUGGUGUAGGAAAUAAAGGCUUACAAUUCUAUAACUCUUUUACUUGUGGGGGCAUUGAAUACUCUCUUUAUGACUGUGUGUGCUUCUACUCCGUUGGUAAUCCUGAGACUUAUAUUGGCAAGCUUGUGAAAUUAUUUGAGACCCCUUCUCAUGAAAGGAAAGUAAAGGUAGUGUGGUUUUUUCGUCCUACUGAAAUACGCAACUAUCUUGGUAAAGUUAAACCACAACCACAUUGGAAUGAGCUGUUUUUGGCAUCCGGUCAUGGAAAAGGUCUUUCCAAUUUCAAUAAUGCGGAAGCAGUAGUUGGAAAAUGCAAUGUUAUAUGCACCUCAGAUGACAAGAGAAAUCCUCAGGCUUCUGAAGAGGAGUUGAGAAAGGCACACUACAUUUUCUACCGCACUUUCGAUGUAGAUAGAACUGAAAUAUCAGAAAAGUUUCCUGAUGAAAUUGGUGGAACUAAAGUGGAGUUCUUCUUUAACAGGAGAAAAUAUCAGUUGAGUCAGAAUGAGCCAUUGAAGAUAAAGACAAGACAUCAUCAUCAAUCAUUCACCGAGUCUUCCUCAUCAGAAUUGACCAAAGGGGUUGACAUACCAAGUAAAAAUCCCUCGUCUGCUAGGAGAAAUGGAUCUUUGGUAAAAGAACCUGAGAAAGUUGCAGGCAGAGCUACUGUAGUUGAGCAUGGUUGCGGUUCAUCUUCAAGUGACUCUCCCAAAUUGAAAUGUGUUGCUGUUGAAGGUGGGAGUGAGCCUGGCAUACAAAUCAAAGAUAAAUCUAGAGUUAGAACUUUGGAAAUGAUUUCACCAGAGAACACAUCACAUUCCCAGCCUUACAAGAAAAGGAUAAUUGCUCUGUAUGAAAAGGGUCCUGGUAAGAAUUCUGGAGAAAAUGCAACUAAAACGUCUGUGAAAGCAGUUCCUCAACUUGCAUAUGGCAAGAGUGUCAGUACUAACAACCAUAUUGUGGAAGUAACUAGACAGCCUGACGAUGAUAGAAGGAGUUGGUUUAAACAACUACCUUGGGAAGAUAAAUUGCAGAAAGCUCAAGAAGCAGGGACCCUGGUCUUAUUAGAAAAUUUGGAUCCAUCCUUUUCAUCAGUUGAGGUUGAGGAUCUAAUGUGGCAUUCAUUUAAUGAAAGCGUUGAAGCAAGAAUGAUACAGUUUGGUGCAUUUUCAAACUCACCAUAUGCCAAGGCUUUUGUUAUAUUCAAGUCAAAACUUGCAGCUCAGUCUGCCAUAUGUAAGUUGAUCAGUAGUCACCUGAUUUUGACUGAUGGAAGACCUGUUAUUGGUCGCCCAAGAAAUCUAAGAGUAUCUGACCACGAGGCUAGUUUUGCUGGCCAUCUAGUUCUUGACAGAGUUAAGGUUCAAAGGCAGCGUGAGGAACAUAGAAAUGCUGUUGCAGUAUCGACAGCACACUGUUCACAGACCAAUACAUUUGAAUUCAAUUUGGCUAUGCAGUGGCGUGAACUGCAGGAAAAGGCAGAUUUAUGGUGGAAAGCUUUAUAUGAGAGACAAAGUAAGGAGGUAAAUGAGCUGAAGAGUCGGCUCAAACUCGAACAGUAAUUCGUAGUGGCUAACUUGGCAUUUAGGAGUAACUAUAUUUUGACAGGUUGAACUUUCUUGGGCUCUUUUCUCUUGUCCCAUACGUUAGAUUCACACGAGGGUAGCCCCCAAUUUGGACAGCAUACGAGUGUGCUACCUCUACUUCUUGUAGAAGAUUGUUCAAGCUCAUAUUUAAUUAGUUCCAAAGUUUAUCAUAUCUGAUCAAAUUUCAAAAUGGUUAAUAGUUUUUUUCAGAAAUGUACAUGAUCAGUCAUUAACUAAAGAAUUUAUGAAGCUUUUCAUUCUUCUAUGCUCAAUCUCGACUAACCUGCAUGUAUGAAAUUAUAGUUUGUCCCGAAAGAAAAAAGGAAAGGAGAAUGUAUUGAACAGAAGAAAUAUAUUUGUUUUUAUUUA